GGAAUGCGUGCAUAUGGCCGAUCGGCGUGAUUUUAAAUAAAUCAGUCAUAUUUUUCUCUCCUGAUCAGCUUGGUUUUUGAAUUUCCAAGCCCAGAAAUUUUAAGGGAUCUUUAGAGUCGGAAGGUACAAGCAUGGGAGACAGUGAUGAAGAAUACGACAGAAGACGUGGUCGUGAUAAAUUUCGCCGUGAAAGAGAUGAUUAUGCAGGAAGGAGGGAGGAAAGGAGGAGAGAGCCAUGGGAUGACUCUAGGAACAGAGACAGUUGGAGCAGCAGAAAUCGUGAGAGAAGUCGAGAUAUGUACAGGGAUUAUGAGCGCGGAAGACGGGAUCGAUACUCGCCUUCCCGUCAUGAUGUCAGCCCCCCCAUGAAGAGGAUGAGAAGAGAUUGGGACGAUGCCCCCUAUGGCUAUGACAUGCCUUAUGGAGGUGGCGGAGGAGGAGGUGGGGGUGGGGGAGGACCCCCAGGGCCGCCCCAUGGCUGGGGUCCAGGACCUGGUGAUAUGCCCCCUCCACAGCAACAUUAUCCAGGUCAUAGAGGUCAGGAGCCGGACUUUCCGACCCAGCCUCCCAUGAUGACCUUCAAGCAGUUUCUGGGUCAGCAAGACGACACCAUUAGUGACCAGGAUGCUGUGAAAAAAUACAACGAAUAUAAAAUUGAUUUCUCUCGUCAGCAGAUCAAUGAUUUCUUCCUUCAACAUAAAGAGGAAGAGUGGUUCAAGGCCAAGUACCACCCCGAGGAGUGCGACAAGAGGCGCGAGGAGAUGAUGGGGGCGCUGAAGUUUCGCGCGAGAGUUUUUACACAGCUGAUGGAGAUGGGCAAGGUGGACAGUUGUAGCGUGGAUAUCGAGAAGACGGAUAAUUUGGUGAAGUUGUUGGAUGCAGCCAUAAUACUGCUGGAAGGAGGCAAUGAGCAGGACCUCAAGGUACUGGAGAUGCCUGCAGAGAAACUGGAGGAGGGAAGGAGAAGCAGACCUAACUCAGAGUCACAGACACCAGAUAAAGGGGCAUCUGAUGAUAGCAGCAGAAGGGAAGAUCGCCAAAAGUCAGAUAACCAGGAACCUGUUAAACUAAAUAUAAAUCCAGAACAAGAAGAAUUACAGAAAAAGGCUGAGGAAUUCUCCAAGCAGAAGGACAAGGAAGAAGGGGAGAGUGAGAAGAGGGACAAGAAAAAGAAACGCCAUCGUGACAAGACGGAAUACAGCUACGAAAGUGGCUCAGAAUCUGAGAGUGGAUCUGACUCUGAGUCAGAGCCAGCGCCCCCUGGAGUUGAGGAUGAACCAGCACCCCCGGGUACAGGAGAACAGGCCCCUGGGACGGACACCAAAGAGGACAAACAGGGAGAGGAGAAAGGGGUCUCAGAAUCCGGAGUUGAAGAAGGAGAAGAGAAAGAAGAGGCAGACACAAGACCUCGACCUCUGCACCAAACUCUGUCAAUAUUCCUGAGAAAUCUGGCCCCUACAAUUACCAAGCAGGAAGUUGAAGCAAUGUGCAAGCGUUACCCAGGGUUCAUGAGAGUGGCACUGCAAGACCCACAGCCAGAGAGGCGCUGGUUCAGAAGAGGCUGGGUGACAUUUGAACGCAAUGUCAACAUUAAGGAUAUCUGCUGGAAUCUUAAUAAUAUAAGGCUCCGUGACUGUGAAAUGGGUGCUAUAGUGAAUCGCGACAUUAAGCAGCGUAUCCGCCCAAUCAACGGCAUCACGUGUCAUCGCGCAAUAAUGAGACAAGAUAUCAAAAACACCGCCAAGAUCAUCCAGGUCCUGGACAGGAAGUGGGGGCUCUGGGAGGACGGAGACGAGAAGGGAGACAAAGAGAAAGAGAGUUUUGGGUUAGUAUCCAAAAACCCAGUGUUGAAGAACAUAACAGACUACUUGGUAGAGGAGGGGAGUUACGAGGAGGAGGAGUUACUGGGAGAGGAGGCACUGGAGGAGAAGAAAGACGGCCAGAACGGGGAGAUCACUCCAGAGAGAGAUGAAAAAGUGAUGAAGGUACUGGACAAGAUGAUACUCUACCUGCGUAUUGUGUUCUCUGUUGACUACUACAGCGGUGCAGAAUAUCCUCAGGAAGAUGAGAUGCCACAUCGUUGUGGGAUCAUGCAUGCACGCGCAGCUAUCCCCAUUAAUAAGCUGACUCAGUCUGACAUCAGUGAGUGGGUGAACAACUUUGAGCAGAAAAUCAAGCACCUGUUGGAGAUGAAAGGACAGCUAGAGGAGGAGGAGGCAGGGAAACUGGGAAAGAAAGACCCAGAUAUA